CAGUUACGCACGCAUUCUUUUUCAUAGUUGUUGAAAAUGGAACUGUUUGUUUUAAACAAACGCUCGUGUCAUUUAGAAGUAUCAUUGUUUUUUUUCUCUUAAUUCAGUUGAAAUGAAAUGGAAGAUAUUUGUAUUGAACUUGAACACUUGUGACAUAUAUUUUAUUCAAGUGGAUUUUGUGCAAAAAAUAUUGCGAAUCUGCUAUGAAGCAAAUAUAUGCUUUGUAAACUUUUGCAAGUUGUGAGCGUUCUACAUAUGUAUGAACUAAUUUGCUGAGAUCACACAUUUAGUGGCUACAUUAUCAUGCAAAUAUUGUAGUAGUGAAUUCCCACCAUUAGCAAUAUAAAUUGUUUACAAUGUUAUGUUUGACCACGUCAGUCUAAUUGUGCCCUUCAAUUUAAGCGACAAUGAGCGAGAAUAUUAAUGGGCAACAGACAAUAUGGUUUACGCGUAGGUGGAAUACAUAACAAUACAAUCGUGGUAAUCGAAAUUUUGAUAUUUGCUUUAUUGAAAUUAGAGAUACUAUAGCUAUAGUUAAUAACCAAUGAAAUCAUUGUAUACUGAAAACUAAAAGAAGUAGUUAUCUAUUUGUCGAGAACCUUUGCUUUUCCUACCCUGAUAAUUGUUUAUGGUAGAGGUGUUUAAAAGGUUAAAUUUUAUUUUUUCUCAUAAUGAUUGUAAUUUUCAUAUAUGUUGUGUAACUGGCCAGCGAUAUUCUGCAUUUAUUUGAUUUGUUUUGUUGAUUAUUUAUUGCACGUGUUUAAUUAAGAAUGUAGGCGUUUGUGUCUUGUGCCGUUGUGCGCUCGGCAGCUUUUGUGGAGUGCGGGGGGGGACAGAGCCGCGGUGACAUUGGCCCACUAUUUAUUGUGUUGAUGAAUCAAAUGUUUUUCACAUGGGCGUAGCUCUUAUGUGUGUAGCAUGCCUGGUGACGAAGCGAGUGUCUGCAGACGACGAGGCUAGACUGGCGCUUCUCUUGCAGAAGCUGUCCAGAGAGUGGUCUCUGUUGAACUCGAUCACGUGGGACAACGUUGGUGGGGCUUUCGCCGACGCUGUGUAUGGAGGCUACGUGAUCAUAACCUUCGGGCUGAUUUUGGCGCGCAUUUUCCAAGAGAUCCCGCGCGGCCGCCGCAUUCUCGAAGGCUUCUUCCUCGGAUUUGGGAUGCUGUUUUUCCUUAUUUUGGGUGGCCUGGAGCUGGCAUCGCUGGACUCUGUUCCGUACAAGCUGGUGACGAACGCUUCAGUGCUGGGCAGUUUCUCUCUCAUCGUCGCGGCUCUGUUCCUGGUGGACCUCAUGGGGCCCAGGAUCUACACCAGCGUCCAGCACUCGCAGACUGACCCCUUCUCAUCCCCGAAAGCUGACAAGAAGGUCUCCAUAGCCACCUUGCCCAUACAAUCCCAACAAAUUCAAACCGUUAGCAACGGACAACUGUCCAACGCCAAAAAGAACGGACAUGUACCUGAAAGACCAAAGGACCUAGAUUUAGAAAAAAGUGACGAAAAAAUGACAAAGAAAGACAAUUCUUCACUAUUUGAUUCGCCGCAAGGCUACACGAAAUUCGAAGAUGAAAUAGAAAAGGAUGAAUUGGAAACGUCCAAAUUUGGAUCGCUGCGCAACGGACUCGAAGGCGGGAACUACGUACAUCUAUCCGACCCAUUGUUCGAAUACGACAGAUUCCACUACGAGCAGGAACUGGCGAAAUUCAAUGAAAAGUAUUUAAAGAACUAUUUGGACAUGGUCGAUAGAGGCCUGCCGGUCAGAGAGGAUUAUUUGCCAGAGCCGCAGACGCCUGUAUUCGCUAAAGUGAAGAGCGGUCGAUUGAAAAGUUUGUACGAUGAUGUUUCGCCGACGUACGAACAAAAGCGGCAGUCGAGGUCGCCGUCCAGAGCUAAGACCGUGACGACGCCUACAUUGCAGCAACUGGAAGACUACUUGCGGUCGUCUAAUAGAUCGAAGCGAGGGGAUACUCCCGCAUUGUUCCCUAUGGAGCCCAUUGUGGAGAAAGAGGCGCCAGAAGUUGAGGGCAGGGCUUCGGGGACGCCCACAGACCCCGGCUACGUCCAGUACACGGCCGGGAAGUGGCCGGACAAACGAGAAGUACGGACACCGAGACAUAGCCCUAAGUAACCACAAGUGUGUAUACAAGUGUGCUUGCGUGAAUGCGUGUGAAUAUUUUUUAUAAAUAGCAGUUUAAUUAAGUUGAGUAAAGACUAAUAUUUUUGAAGUUACCUUCGACAUAAUAUACUAAUUUAACGA